UACGGUCACGGUAGCCGGUGCGGAGUGCAGACUGCAUUUAAGUACAGCAUGCAGACUGCAGUACGACUCUGAACUGUUUCAGAUUUCAGUUAUCGAGACCAGAAGACCGGUAAAAGCUCUCUGUUUUGUUUGCCCAUCUCGAGUCACUGAAAAAGAAACAAGUCUACAUUGAUUUCUAUGAUCGGACAUCUCGUGGUUGAAAAAUCGGCUGUUAAUUCAAUUUGUCUAUAAUUCGGUACAUUUUUUUUUAACGGCUUUGUUUUUCCACUUGCAAUGGCGUCUACGUCGAAGACGGCGGUUUUGAAAAUGUACAAGACAAUGUUGCGAGAGAGUUCAAAAUUUUCAUUCUACAAUUACAGAAUGUAUGCACUGCGACGUAUCAAGGACAAGUUUAGGGAAAACAAAUCUCUUAGGGACCCAACUGAAAUUCAACACAACAUGCAAGAGGCAAACAAAUAUUUGGAAAUCAUCAAACGACAAGUUAUCGUUGGAGACUUGUACAAAUCGGACAAACUGGUGAUCGAAAAUUGAACGUAGCAUGAAGAUUACUUUAGUUUUUAUAACAUAGUUAUUUCACUAUUAAAUGAAUAAAUAUGUUUUAUAAUAUGUAUAACAUUAUUAUUUUGAAGUAAUUUUUUAUGCAUGUCAAUAUUAGUUAUUGUUCCUAAUAAAGAUAUAUUUUGUGGCCAUUUUA